UUGGCACCGUACAUUACAGGUCCUGCACUCUACACACCCGUGGUCCUCAUUCCACUCAUCUUGCAUCUCCCCGUCACCACAUUCAGGUGGGACACCUGCCCUCCACAUACCACCUCAUACCUGACACCUCUGAGCAACAUGCAGUCCUCGAAUCUGCGCACCAGGGAUGGCUGAUUCUGACCCUGGGGAAAGAAAUUACGACAAUAUGCUGCGAAUGCUGUCAGACCUGAAUAAGGACUUGGAAAAGCUAUUGGAAGAGAUGGAAAAAAUCUCAGUGCAAGCGACCUGGAUGGCCUAUGACAUGGUGGUAAUGCGUACCAACCCCACUCUGGCGGAGUCCAUGCGCCGGCUAGAAGACGCCUUCCUCAACUGCAAGGAGGAGAUGGAGAAGAACUGGCAGGAGCUGCUCAGUGAGACCAAGCGCAAGCAGUAGGCCCCGCUGCCCAUCCAUGCUGCCAUCCAUCAUGCACUGGAGCCACAGAGACGGGCCAGUGACCCAGAUAAAUAGCUGUGUGCACAGCACUUGUUUUUCAAUAAACUUAUUUUUAAGCACAA